GAGCUGUCAAACGACAUAGUUUGUUUACAUUCAACACGACGAAUGUACGGAGGAUGCGUUGAUUCUGCGUUGAUUUCCUACAGCAAAUUGAAACAGUGAAAUAGUGUACACCACCAUGGCUUCCCAUCGUGAUAAAGAGACUGGCAGAAUUUAUCUACUUCGUAAACGGAUUGAGGAUCAAUUCGACCAGGAGUUUGAAGCAGAACAAAGAUUGUUACGAACGCGACGGGAACAGGAAGCAAAAGAAAGGUUAGCAAUCGAACAAAUGAUGACCUGCGAAGAAGAGGAUACAAACGUUAAUCCCGACAAUGCAACGAUCGCGGACGUGAUGAAGAUGCUGAACACUGUGUCUCGCAAGAUCGAGCAGCUUGCUGGGAAGCAGGACAGCUUCCGAAAGCAAGUAAGCGAAGCAAAGCACCGCGUACUAAAGCUGGAAGCAAAACUGAACUCAACGCUUUCGAUGACGGAAAAGGUGAAAGACACGUUGAUGCCUAAAGGCAUGGCAACGGAAGUCAUUCCCCCAGAGCCCGGGUUUGAGUUUCGUGCCGUAAGUAACGAGCAAGAGCUGAACGAUCUCGACCAUAGGCUGGCCACGGACAAUGCGUACAGGAGGAAUCUCACCAACUGGUUGAACGCGAUGAUAUUGAACUCGGAUUCCGACCGUCGACUGUAUGAAGCGAUGGAGGUGGUUUUCACGCGCGAGUUUCUGCCGUUGUGCAGCUGGAAGGGGCGACUGAAUCGCAAAAUUGCCAUGUGUACGCAAACGCACAUCAUGGAACUGUUUCGGGUGGUGGGAAGUAGUCGCUUCACUUCUAUAUCGGCCGCAUUUGUGGCCAAGUUUUUUCAGAAGAAACUGCCGCAUGCCAAGACGCGACUCAGCCAGAAAAGUUAUAGACCCCAUGAAUGCAAUAAGAAAUCCAGAGUAUGCGACGCGAACUCAGAUCCGCUCGCGGAGUAGAUUUAGCUGGAACAUAGGAGGGGGCAUAAUGUUUAAUGUACAGAAGCAAGUAGCUUGUAAUUGGAAGAGGAAUUAAAAUCACUUCGAAAUAAUAAAUAAGGAUUUGAAUACAAAUGUUAGGAAAAAUGUUCAGGUCCAUAAAUAUUUUAGAAAGAGAAGCAUAAAUGUGGAUGUGUGAAGUAGUGAUGGAUAAAGUUGGCAAAAAUCCGAAGAUCGACCCUGUUCCAAAUUCAGUAAUUUCGGAAUCGACUCCGGAAGGUAGGGCCCGCCCAGCAUUAUCCAAAGUCGUUUGGAAUCGUCCGGAAUCUCCAGGAGUCGUGCUUUUAUAACCGGACUACUCCGCACGAACGAACAAUAGCCGGAGUCGGAUCGAAAUCGUGGGUGCGCUCCAAAGAGCACAUCACUAGUGUGCAGCACGUAGCGACACACCAAGCAUGUGUGUGCGUGUGCGUCUUUUGAAAAACACCCGCCAUCUGUCAAAUGAAACCAGUUUGUUUACAUUCACUGCGACGCUAGAGUACAGAACGCGCACAGAUUUCUUUCAACAAAUUGAACGAUAAAAUAUCAUAAAAAGAUUACACUCUGCUCAACAUAGAAAGGGAACAAACGGCAAAUCAUGGCAACACAACGUGACAAAAAAACGGGCAACAUUUACAAAAUUCGAGACAAGCUGGAGAGCAAAUUUGACGAGGAGUUUGAAGCAGAACAAAAUUAUUUACGAUUAAAGCGCGAACAGGAAGCAAAAACGAAACUCACCAGCGAACUGUUACUGACCUGCGAAGAGCAGGAUCCAUUCGCUGACGUGGGC